CCGGGCGCCUGUUUGGAGGCAAGCGAACGUGCCAGGAACGACCACUUCUCCUCCGCCCUCCUGCCAAAAUAUAUUUCGUCUCUGAGCAGCCCUUGCCCUCUCUCUCUGUGACCGGCGAGCUCACCGUCUUUCAGCAUCUCCAGACAUGGCCACCCCCGCCGCCAGGAUCCGACCCUUCCAGCCCUCUGACGACAAAGAUGUCCGGUUCAUCGUGGGCAAGGCAGCUAUGGAGCCCCUCGCUGUCGCCAACAUGAAAGUGUACAUGCACCCCAUUACCCUGGCCAUCUGGGGAGGCUUGUCGUGCAUAUUCAUCCAAUACAUGCAAUGGUGGCCUCACCCAGACUAUGGCUUCCUCGGAUACUUUCUGCCCCUGCCCGGCUUUGCAUGCAUGGCAGUACCGAUAAUGUUCCUGUGUGAUUGGUUUAACCGUCAACCCAUCGAAGAAGCGAUGCAACAAGUCCUGCACCGGCCCGACCUCGUCAGCGUCACCGCCUGGUACUCGCGCUCGCCCUCCUCAGGCGUGUGGAUCCUCGAGUUCGGCGACAAGUUCGUCGGGCUCAUUGCGCUCGACGCCUCGCUCGAUUCCACUUCCACCGCGCCCGUCUCCGCCACGCAGUCGCUCGCCAAGCGCGGCAAGAAGGUCGAGUUCCCUAGCGGCACGAGCUACACCGCCGUCAUCCGCCACUUCUACGUCGACGAGGCGUAUCGCCCCGCCGGCGCGCAGCACGACCUCCUCCAGUUCGUGCUGAAGCACGCGUUUGAGAGCGACCCGGCAGUACAGGAGGUCAAGUGUCAUGAUAGCCCGCUGAGGAAGUAUGUGAGCGAUGCGCUGAAGAAGGCGGGCUUUGAGCUGGAGUGGAAGAUGGACAAGGUUGGGAUGCUGGGGUGGCAGAACAGCCUGCGCACGCUCAACAGGAGCAAGUGGAGGCCGGUGACAUGAAGUAUUGUACUUUCUCCUCGAAUCUAAUUUCGUGUAAUUCAAAUCUUCC